AGAACCCCACGCGUGGGAAGCAAUUAGCAGGGGGGCAUGGAGAGCGCUCGAGCCUCGCGGCUCUUCUCCAUACGCGGGAAGUGACGGCGUGCCGAGGCAGACGUUUCCGACGCGGGGGAGAAAGCAACUAUUUGCGCGUCUUUUUCAUCAAGGAGGAGGGGAUUGUCUUUUGGAUUCGCAACGGAGAGCAGGUUGUGCUUCGUUGAUCCGCGCCGAAGUCCAAAGUGCGCACGGGUUCUGGAUGUGCGGGACUUGAUUUCGGCUUGUUUUCCACCAAUCUGACAAACUGUUGCGCGUUCCAAGUGGGAAAUGUUCCUUUUUCUGUGUGACUUCACUUGAGGACGACACAUGACGUUUGGAUUUUAACCGCAGCGAGUUGCAGGUCUUCAUGGGCCAUCUUUUAGCUCUCUUAGGAACUGAGUCUAAGAUGAAGUUAUGGGAUGUCGUGGCCAUGUGUUUGUUGCUCCUGAGCUCCGUCGCCACCCGGCCUCUCUACCAAAGUAUGCAGCCAGCCAAGAGGAGCUUCUCCUCUUCCAGAUACUCUGAUUCUGCACACCAGUCCACACAGGGCCAGGAGGCCAAUUUGUUGAUGCAAAGUGCCGAGACCAACCUACAGGGAAUCGCCGCGGAGAAUCAAUAUGACAUGACGGGUCAAUAUUCAGACCAGUUUGACGACAUCAUGGACUUCAUCGAGGCAACCAUCAGCAGACUGCGACGGUCCUCGGAAUCACACGGCCCGAGGGAGCAACGACAGAGGGGUGUGGCAAAUGCACGAGACGAGGGCAGGCCGCAUGGGAGUGACAGGACACGAGGCCGUAGAAGAGGUGGCGGGAAUCGAGGAGGCAGGAAAGCGGGACGGGGCGAACGGAGCCGGGGGAGGACAUCGGCCCGCCCUAGUCGAGGCUGCCUCCUGAAGGAGGUCCACCUAAACGUGACGGACUUGGGUCUGGGCUACCAGACCAAGGAGGAGCUAAUCUUCCGCUACUGUAGCGGUCCGUGUGCUGAGGCCGAGACCAACUAUGACAAGAUCCUAAGCAACCUCAGCCACGGUAAUAAGCUAGACAGAGACGUGCCCUCUCGCACCUGUUGCCGACCGGUUGCUUUUGACGACGACCUGUCCUUCUUGGACGACAACGUGGUUUACCACACGCUUAAGAAACACUCUGCCAAGAAGUGCGCGUGCGUGUGAAGUGUUGAAAAAAAAAACUCCAAAACAACAGUGCUGAAAAUAUAUCGUUGCGUUUCCUCAUUUUUCUUAGUACGUUUUGUACAAAAAAAAAGGAAAGAGAAGACCAAAAAAAAAACUUUCUUCUGGAAACCUCCAAGGAAUUUUUUCUCCUAUUAUUUGGUGACGACUCACCAGGAUUCAGUAGGUUUGACAUAUUUAGACAUUCUGCAUAUAAAUAUUCGUCAUUCAUAUUAUAUAUAUAUACAUGUGUGUGUGUGUGUGUAUAUAUAUAUAUAUAUAUAUAUAUAUAUAUACAUAUAGCUAUGUGUGCGUGAAUGUAUGUAUGUAUACGCUGUGUAAGAGGUAUAUUUAUUAAGAUGGAAUUAACUUAUUGUUAUUUAUUUCAUUUAUGAGACAAGUUGUUGUUCUUUCUUAUUUAUUGAGAGGCUUGGUUUAUCCUGGACACUGUCAACAUGUAUAGAGGCAUUCCGGAAGCUUCCACAGUCCAAACUCCCCUUAAGAAAACAAGUUACAUGUUGAUCAGUGUAGACAAGAGGCUCCUUUCACUACAAAGGCAGGAAUUUACCACCUUUUGAUCUAGCAUGUCACUGUUUCUGGUCAAAAUCGACCUGUAAAUUUAGCAGCUUUUAGAGCGGGCAGUAUCCGUGACGAAUCGGAGGAUGUGUGAAAGUUGAGUGAGGCUUAACACCUGAAUGUCUUGCUAGCUGGGUAGUGUGGAAAAAUUGAGGUGGCUUAACCGUUGCUAUCUGUGUAUCAUUCGUUCAUUCCAUAUCGGUUUUAGAAUCCAAAACCGGAUAAUGACUUAUUUCAUUUCUCGUUUUACAAUCCAAAAUCGUAAAACGGAUAAUGACCCAUUUAAUUUCUCGUCAAAUAAAAAAUAUCAGUGUGUAUGUUCAUUACAUACGUAUCUGUUGACGUUUUCGAUGUGGUUGUUGAUGCACUGAUACGAGUUCGCUGUGCGAAAACAUUGUUUCCCCCUCUUUAAAAAGCAUGUACACGUCCGCCAUCCUUGACAAAAACGUUACGUAGCAAUUAAUUUUAAAAUGCUAGCGAUCAUGCUGUUCGAUUGACCCAUCAGUGGAAUUACCUGACUGACUGACAUUCCAGAAAAAAAAAAUAGUAAACUCCUGGGACAAAUCAAAAAUCAUACAAACCAAAAUGAAUAGAACAAAAAUACCAUGAUAUUUCCAGUCCCUCAUAUUCUGUUUUUUUAUUUCAAAACAAAAUUAAAAUAGCGAAAAAAAGCUGUGAUUUGUUUUCUGAGUUUUGAUUUGAAAACAGGAAAUGAAAUAAGUCGUUUUCCGAUUUUGGAUUCUAAAACAGAUAUGGAAUGAACGAAUGAUACACGAAUACGUUACAUCUCUGAUGUGCACAUUUUGUGAAUCUGUAGAGACUCAGGACCAAAAGACAAGCUUGCCAUUUUUGCAGGACUGUAUGAAAGGGGCUUAAGACUCAAGAGGCCUAUUUUUUAUCUUAAUUUUGAACAUUAGUCUGACGGUCUGUCACGUGACCAGGCAAAAACAUCAAGAACUUAAGAGUUAAAAGCCUUAUUCACACUUCAAAAUACUUUUCCCCUCAUGUCUUUGUUCUACCUAUAUGAACGGCAAUUGACAGUGAGUGCAAGGUGAAUAUUAAUUUGUGUUUUCGGGGCAUUAUUCAAUUUUCUCCUAUGUGUCGGAUGCACAGAUUUUGUGAAAGGGGCUAGAAGACUCAGGAAUAAAAUAAGUU